AUGGCGGGCCAGAUCCCCGAGCAGAUGCGUGCUGCAACCAUCAAGGACUUCAACAAGGGCUAUGAAGUUAAGGACGUCAAGGUCCCUACCGAACUCGGACCCAAUGAUGUUCUCGUCAAAAUCGCCGCCGCAGGCUACUGUCAUACCGACCUUCAAGUACAACAGGGAGUUUAUGAAUCCUCUGGUGCUAAGCCCGGCCUUGUUGGCUCUCACGAGCCUGCCGGUACUAUUGUGAAGCUCGGCUCCGAAGCCGGCAAGCAGGGCCUUGAGGUCGGUGAUCACGUCGGCUCUAUCAACACAUAUGGCUGCUGCGGCAAGUGUAACUCUUGCAACCAGGGCAAACAGGUCUGCGAUAACCUCACCGGUAUGCUCGGUCUCACUCUUGAUGGUGGUUUCGCACAAUACAUGAAGGCCGAUGCCCGAGUGGUAGCCAAGAUCCCAGAUUCAAUUCCUUGGGCUGAGGCUGCGCCGUUGUUCUGCGCUGGUGCUACAGUCUACGGAGCUCUCUGUGCAGCACAGUCUGAGAAGGGCCAAUGGCUCGCAAUGAUUGGUAUUGGAGGCUUGGGUCACUUGGGUGUCCAGUACGCCAAGGCAAUGGGCUGCAAGGUCAUCGCAAUCGACAACCGUCAAGAAGCCCUCGAUCUGGCCAAUGACGUCCCAUCACACCUCAAGCCCGACCGCACUAUUCUCAUCGAUACCGAUGAGGCGCAAGAAAAGACGGUCAAAGACCUUCAAUCUGCGUUCUAUGACACCAACCCUGGCGUCGACCGCGUUGUCAUCAACACUGAGGCCCGCCCCCUCGUAAAAUUCGCUCAGCAUUUCCUGCGCAAGGGAGGUGUCCUUGUCGAUGUCGGGCUCCCUGCUGACGGGCCUCUUGAGGUUGAUCCUUUUGCUCUGAACUUCAAGGAGCAGACUAUUCGCGGGGCUUUGAUCUGUACUCCGGAGCGCAGCCGGGAGAUGCUGGAGUUGCACGCCAAGAACAGCUGCAGGACAUACAUUGAGAAAACCUACAGCGUUGACCAAGCCAACGAGAUGGCUGAGCACUACCUCUCUAAACAGCUCAAGGGCCGCCUGUGUAUGGUCUUCUAA